ACCAUGUCCACCUCGAAGAAAUCCAAGGCAGCCGCGCCUCCUCAGCUCACUGACCAAGAGAUCCAGCAGAACUUCACCAGGCUGCAGACUGAGCUUCAAAACAUUGCCUCUAAGAUCGGCGAACUCGAGCAGGAAGCAGACGAGCAUGGCCUGGUGCUUACCACGCUGAACGAAGCGUUGGAAGAAGAGCCCGAUCGGAAGUGCUUCCGUCUCAUCGGUGGCGUCCUUGUCGAACGCACGGUGAAGGACGUCGUUCCAGCUCUCCAGACGAACAGAGAUGGGAUCAAGAAGGUGGUUAGCACCCUCGCUGAACAGUACAAGUCGAAGGAGGAAAUGUUCGACAAGUUUAAACGUGAAUACAAUAUUCGACCUGCCGGGAGAAUAUAGGGAGCAUUUCACAAUGUAGAGUCUGGGCUGGAACCGAAGUUUAAUGCAUGAUCCUGUACGUUCGUCUUUCGGGACGGCUUCUCAUCUCAUGCACAAUGGUGUAUUAUAGCCGGUAUUUCUCCUCCUUGCUCUGGUAUGUUGAUC